CCUCGUGCGGCACUCUAUAGAGCUGGCGCUCUGGGCCGGCAGUCUUAGCCGCUGGUCGCUCGCCACCGUUGUCGCUUCAGUCUCUUGUGCGCGCCCCCAGCCAACCGCCGCCCACUGCGCGCAGCCCCCCGCCGGCUGGCUGCUCAGCGGACCUGCGAGCGACCCCCGCUCAGUCUCCUGAGGCGGGCCCCCGGCCGGACCCUGAACCUUACCCUCUCGCGCUGCGGCCGCCCGCGUCUCUUCGCCCGCCUGUCCGGCAUGAAGACCAAGUUCUGCACCGGGGGCGAGGCGGAGCCCUCGCCACUGGGGCUGCUGCUGAGCUGUAGCGGCGGAAGCGCCGCCCCGGCACCCGGCAUGGGACAGCAGCGCGACGCCGCCAGCGACCCGGAGCCCAAGCAGCUGGGCGGCAGGCAGCCGCCGCUCGCUCUGCCCCCGCCGCCGUUGCCGCUACCCCUGCCCGCCCUGCCCCCGCCGGCCGCGGCCGACGAGCAGCCAGAGCUCCGGACGCGGCGCAAGGCCUAUCUGUGGUGCAAGGAGUUCCUGCCCGGCGCCUGGAGGGGCCUUCGCGAGGACCAGUUCCACAUCAGUGUCAUCAGGGGUGGCCUCAGUAACAUGCUGUUCCAGUGCUCCCUCCCUGACACCACAGCCUCCGUGGGCGACGAACCUCGGAAAGUGCUCCUACGGCUGUACGGAGCCAUCUUACAGAUGGUGAGUAUUUUUGAUAAGCUGUGGAAUGGAAAGAGGUCCUGUAAUAAGGAGGGAUCCGAACAAGCUCAGAAAGAAAAUGAAUUUCAAGGGGCUGAAGCCAUGGUUCUGGAAAGUGUUAUGUUUGCCAUUCUCGCAGAAAGGUCGCUUGGGCCAAAACUCUAUGGCAUAUUUCCUCAAGGCCGACUGGAGCAGUUCAUCCCGAGCAGACGAUUAGACACUGAUGAAUUAAGUUUGCCAGAUAUUUCUGCAGAAAUAGCUGAAAAAAUGGCUACAUUUCAUGGUAUGAAAAUGCCAUUCAAUAAGGAACCCAAAUGGCUUUUUGGAACAAUGGAAAAAUACCUAGAUCAAGUGCUGAAAAUUAAGUUUACUGAAGAAUUCAGAGUAAAAACACUCCAGAAGUUCCUCAGUUACAACCUGCCUUUGGAACUGGAAACACUGAGAUUAUUGCUUGAAUCUACUUUGUCUCCAGUUGUGUUUUGUCAUAAUGACUGUCAAGAAGGUAAUAUCUUAUUGCUGGAAGGCCGAGAAAAUUCUGAAAAGCAAAAACUGAUGCUGAUUGACUUUGAGUACAGCAGUUAUAAUUACAGAGGAUUCGACAUUGGGAAUCACUUCUGUGAAUGGAUGUAUGAUUAUACCUAUGAAAAGUAUCCUUUUUUCACAGCAAAUGUUCAGAAGUAUCCCACCAAGAAACAGCAGCUCCAUUUUAUUUCCAGUUACUUGGCUACAUUCCAAAACGACUUUGAAAACCUCAGUAGUGAAGAAAAAUUCACUAUAGAAGAAGAAAUGUUGCUUGAAGUCAAUAGGUUCGCCCUUGCUUCCCAUUUCUUCUGGGGACUUUGGUCCAUUGUACAGGCCAAGAUUUCAUCCAUUGAAUUUGGGUACAUGGAAUAUGCCCAAGCCAGGUUUGAUGCGUACUUCGAGCAGAAGAGGAAGCUUGAGGUGUGACUGGGAGCACCCCGCCCCUUGCACCGCGGCACUGCCGGGAAGCGGCCUAGGGGCCUCUGCAGCCUCUCCCUUUGCGUGCGGAGGCCUCGGCAUCUGCACCGCACCGAUGUGUAUGAUAUGAUACUGAGGACUGUAUUAAAGUGCAGUAACAUUUCUUCCCUAUCUUGUUUACAAUCUCACUAGGACUCUGAAAUGAGAUUGGGAGGCAGAAAUAUAGUACAAUAGUGCAAUAUCUCAGAACUUUUUUAAUCUAGAGGAGGUGGUUUCUCUUUGGGGCGUAAGACUUUCAUUCAGACAUGGUCAGCAGCAGGAGUGACCAGUGUUACUGCGGGUACUUCGGUUAAUGCUGGUUUUUAAAAAUCCUCUCAUUUACAUGCCAGUUGACCUUGUGACCAGGCUCCCUGUGGGCGCUGACGUGUCGUAGGCACUCCUUGCUCCCAGGCACUACAAGACGCACUGUGAAGUGGCCCUCCCAGCUGAGUUCCAGCCAUGUAUCCUGCAGCGGCACCCAGCGCAGGCCUUCCGGAGCUGCAGGGCUAGACACGUGCUGUCAGGAACUCUGUCCGUGGAGGAUGGGCAGAUGGACAGAUGUGCGUGCCCUGUACCCAUCAUACACGUGCUGGUACAGACAGACUGCACCGAAAUGCCUGUGUGUUUCACGACUCCAGCUUUGCACAGUGCGGGCCUCCCUGGCUCCUCCCCUCCAUGUGGAGGGGCCGAUGGGCAGCUCCCACAGCCUUUCUGACUUCCUCCAUGCAGCCCGGAGCGUAGGAUCCUGGGCUUAAGCUGCCUCCUGCCCUGGCCGUGGCUUUGCUGGGGGCCGGCAUCCCCACCAUCGCCUUGCUCCCUUCUCCGUGUUGCCGUCAUUCUAGGGGAGUCAGCAGCCCCUCUUUGGAGUGUGGGGCUCCGGCAGACUGUAGCUGUGAAAUCUGUAUGUAGUAAAUGUCCAAUGGGAUACGUUCUUAGCCUCUUUUUUUUUUUUAACUCCUUUUUGAGGAUUUUGUGUGUGUGCGUGUAUAUAUUUCUGCUACUACAGAGACUGUACUAUACAAAUAAAAAAAUUAAAACCCAA